CACUGGCAACCCACCGAUCAGCCACGGCUCAAGGAUUUCAAAAGUCAAGCCUAACUGUUUUUUUUUUUUUUUUUUUAAUAAUUAAUAACAAUACAAUUAACACGAAAACUUAUCCCAUUCACUGAUUAAAAAUAGAUUUAAAGAAAAUAGGAUUCUUAUUUUUAAAUUUAGUUGAGACUAAAUUUAACUAAAACAAAAACAAUUUAAAUUUAACAAGAAAAUUUAGCAUUAAAAAAACUAUUAAAAAAAAGUAUACUGUUAAAAAGUAAAACACAAUUCUUAUAAGUUCAAAAAUUUAAGAAUACAAUUAUAAAAAAAUUUGUUUUCUUUCUCGAAGGGAGAAAAAGGUACCUCAGCUGAUAAAUGUAUCUCUCGAGGUGAAGUUCAAGGAAAUGAGAUAUAUGUACAAGUGUUCAUAAAUCAGUGAGAUAAAGUGAAUAAUUGUGUUUAUAUUUAAAGAUUUUGUAAACACAAUGAACCCUAUUUCCGGAAGGUUGUGUAAUAAUUAAAUGAAAAGAAAAAUUUAAUAGGGAAUUUUUUUUUUCUUGUGCGUAUGGGUGUGUGUGUAUAUGUGGAUUUUGAUUAGUGUAUUGUUGGAUUGUUAUCAAGGAGAAAUCGAUUAUCAUUUUGAAGCAGGAAGAUAUCAAGCAUUCCAUAGACGAGUACAAGGUUGUGCGAGGAUUAUCUGUGCAAUCUAAUCAACAAUCAGGCAGGCGUGAUGCGACAGCCGAGAGCUUAAAGGGAGAAUCUUCCAAAAUGGGACACAGUCGACGAAUGAAAGGACCCCUGCUUUUACCUAGGACCAUGGCAGACUUAUCUUUUUUAUUGGUAAUCUUACUGUUGCCAAUCACUCGAUCGGAAUCAGCUGUGGGUCCCGUGAACAAUGAAUUGGAUCUUGUUCCCGGUGUGAUAUCACCCCAGUCUUCCUCGUCAUCGUCCGCAUCAUCAUCGUCACAAUCAUCAUCAUCAUCAUCAUCAUCGUCACAAUCGUCAUCGUCAAUUGUUGGAAUAAUACCGGGAAAUGGAGGAAAUCCAGGAAAUUUAGGUUCAUCCAUAGGCGGAGGAGGAUCUGGUCAUUCAAUGAUUGGAAAUCAUCCUGGAAGUGGAUCAAAUCAUGGACUCGGUAGAUGUGAAGAAAUCACAAUUCCCAUGUGUAGAGGAAUUGGCUAUAAUUAUACAGCGAUGCCAAAUGAAUUGAAUCACGAUACACAAGAGGAGGCUGGUCUUGAGGUUCAUCAAUUUUGGCCACUCGUUGAAAUUAAAUGUUCGCCGGAUUUGAAAUUUUUCCUAUGCUCAAUGUAUACACCAAUUUGUCUACCCGAGUACAAUAAACCAUUGCCAGCGUGUCGUAGUGUUUGUGAACGUGCAAGAACUGGUUGUGCGCCACUAAUGCAACAAUAUGGAUUCUCCUGGCCAGAGAGAAUGGCUUGUGAAAGAUUACCAAUGCAAGGCGAUCCUGAUAAUCUCUGUAUGGAUCAGGAUAAUCGUACGAGUACAUCGGAACAAGGUGGCGGAGCUAAUCAACCAUCAAUAGCACCGGCGGCACCACCAAGACCAACGAGACCAUCAAAAACGUCGCAAUUGCCAAAAUGUAAACCGGGAAAAAAUCAAAAAAACUGUCAAGUCCCCCUGGAGGAAAAGGUAAGAGAGUGCGCGUGCCGAUGCAGAGCACCACUCGUUUACAAUCCCCUGGGGGCAGCGGGAGCAAGUCCUGCGUUCCAUGGGACAGGAGCAGCCACCGCCGCCAAAAUACCCUGGUCGGGUCUGGUACCCGUUCACAAUCAAGACAUUGUAGGAAUUCCAGAUUGUUACAUUCCAUGUCACGGGGCAUUUCUCACAACGGAGGAAAGGGGAUUCGCGGCCGUUUGGCUAGCUGUGUGGAGCGGCCUUUGCGCGGCAAGCACCCUCACCACCAUAACCACAUUUCUGAUUGACACACAUCGUUUCAAAUAUCCAGAGAGGCCAAUUGUCUUUUUGUCGGCUUGCUAUUUUAUAGUGUCACUGGGCUAUCUCACCAGGAGUUAUCUAGGUCAUGAGGAAAUUGCCUGCCAUGGAUCCGUAUUAAGAUCGGGUGCUCAAGGACCAGGAAUGUGUGUCACGGUCUUUUUAAUGAUAUACUUCUUUGGAAUGGCUUCGUCAGUUUGGUGGGUUAUUCUUGCUUUUACAUGGUUCCUGGCAGCGGGACUCAAAUGGGGAAAUGAGGCAAUUGCCUCAUAUUCACAGUACUUCCAUUUGGCGGCAUGGCUUGCGCCCACUGCUCAAACUGUUUGGGCACUAUUGGCCGGUGGUGUUGCUGGUGAUCCAAUUGCUGGUGUGUGUACAGUUGCUCCCGAAGGUGUGACAACUUUUAUACUGGCUCCACUUCUAGUCUAUCUUCUCUUGGGAACUAGUUUUCUACUCGCUGGAUUUGUCAGUCUCUUUAGAAUUCGUUCGGUUAUUAAGAGGCAGCCAGGAGCUAAAGCAAAUAAAUUGGAAAAAUUGAUGAUACGAAUUGGUGUAUUCUCAGUGUUGUACACUGUGCCAGCGAGUGCAGUACUCGCUUGUCAUCUCUAUGAAUCAACAAUGAGAAAUGAUUGGCUUGAAUCUUUGGCUUGUCCAUGUCAUCGUCGAACAAGGCCAAUGUACUCUAUUCUUAUGCUCAAGUACUUUAUGGCUCUUGCGGUGGGAAUUACAUCAGGUGUUUGGAUUUGGAGUGGUAAAACAUUGGACUCGUGGCGAAGACGUUGGAGACGAGUAUUUGGCGAUGGUGUUGGUGGUGGUGCUGGUGGAAUCAGUGGUGUUACAGGUGUCAGUGGUCUUGGGAAUGUGUCAGGCGUAAAGGGAAUUGUUGGCCGUUCAUCAGCUCCACAUUAUCCACCACCACCAGGUCCUGGAAGUGCACUUCUACCACCGGGUAGUGUUGCCAGUGCAUCUCAACAUCAUCUUCAUCAUCAUGUCUUUAAGCAACAGCCACUCUCACACGUAUGACGUCACCAGUCGGCGGGAGGGGAUAUGAGCACCGCAGGCUGUGAAUCACAGCAACAAGAAAGACCUUCUGCUUUGAGCAACUACGGGCCCAUUUAGCCCUUCGCGUCGGCCUCACGAAGGCAUACUCCGCACACAGCACCGCACACGCCACAUUCGGCUGCCACCAUUUACUCCAGGAGAUCACUUGCCUCGACAGGACCCCUCACACCUGCUCAUGGACUGGCUCCGUCUUACACUCAGGCUACAGAGGUGUAGGCUUCUGGGUUACAAAAAAACGUCACGAUCACAUUUGGAAUUACUCCUUUAUUAAAAAAAAAAAAAAAAAAAAAAAAGAACUCUGUAAAUACAAAAGAUGUAAGAUUUAUUAUUCUGAUGCUUUCUAUCUCUCUCACUCCAUUUUGGAAUAUGAAUCAACAUUGAUUUUUGGUCUACACUGUUGAAUUUAGUGCCUAAAUUGCUUCACGAAUUUACAGCUAAUGAAAUAAUAAUUCUUACAUCGAAUAAUUUUUCGACAAAUUAUUAGCACACAGCAAUUAGUAGAUUUAGACCCUUAAAUAUAUAUCAAAUGAAAGAGUAUUCCAAUAUAAAAUCGCGACAUGAAAUAUUGACAAAAACGCACACCUCUAUAAAAAAAAAUGAAGUUUGGAAAAGCUCUUCUGUAAGAUUCAUCAGAUAUUGUUCGUGAUGUCUCGAACAUUACUGAAGUGUCUUGUACCCAAUAUACGUAUUGUAAAGCGCGUGAUAAGAAAAAAAAAAAAAAAUACACAUACACGGAACCUCUCAAGAGGCGGGAAUUUCAAAUCGUUAACGAAGAGUCGAUGGAAAUACCGUUCUCUCUGAACCGGAUGACCUUUGCAAGAAUAUAGUCGAAGGCAGACGUGUAUCCCAUAAGAAAUACGAGAGAGAGCUGCUAGACUCGAGAGGUCUCCGUGUCGCGCGUGUGAUUGUGAUUUAGUAUGAGUGAAUGUGUUGUUGUAAUUUUUUGAAUGUAUGUAUGUGGGUGUAUAUGAGCGCGUGAAAAUCCUUCUCUCUCUCUCUCUCUCUCUCUCUCUCUAUUUAGUCUCUCUGCACUCCUUCGGACACCGCGCAGUCCGCUUGUCCGUCUAAUGUGUAUUGUCUUGUCUAUAUGUCACUCUCUCAACAGCGCAGAGUCAGCUGAUAAUUGAAAAUACACGAUUUUUAAAUGACAAUUACCCAGUGUCGUGAAAUUAAUGCCAAUUAAUCUUUUAAAAACGAGAUUUCAACGUUUGUCAAUGUAAAAGAUAAUAUUUUUCAACGGACCAAAAAUAUUAGUAAAAGUAUUGAAAUCUUUACUUUAAUAAUAAUAAUUAGUUAGACGUAAUUUAAAUUAUAUAUUUUAACUUGAAAUUAAAUUUUUUAUAUUUUUUUUUAAAUUGUAGGAGUUGAAUGAAUUUUGACAGGAAGUCUAUUCCCACAGACCACCCAAAAUUCCCUGAAACUUGACAGAACCUCAUAUGGUGAGGUUAGGAAACUUCAGUGGCAAGGUUCAUACAAGUUUGUGUCCUAACCUUGCCGUGUGAGGCUCUGUCAAGUUUCAGGGAAUUUUGAGUGCUGUAUGGGUUGAGAUAAAUUCGGUAAUACAAAAAAAAAAUAGUUUGUGAUAUUUACAAAUUUAUUUCUGUUUUACACAAACUGCUUCACUUCAAUUCCUAACCAACACUAAAUUUUACUUUUAUUUUGUUAUUGUAAAACAUAAAUGUAAACAUCUUAAAGUAAAACAAAAUUGUGAUUAGGAAUUUUUAGGUUAUGUUACGAAGCAGUUUGUGUACAAUCAAAACUGAUUUGCGAAUAGCACAAACUACUUUUUUCCCGUUAAUUUAUCGAAAUUUUCUACAAUAGAAUUCCGUUUUAAAUAAUUUGACUAAAUUGAAAGCUUUAAAUUUUUAUUUAUGGAAAUAAAAACUAUUUCCAGAAAAAGGUUUUUUUUUAAACAACUAUUUUUUUUUAAUUUUUCCUUAAAAAGGGAACUAUUUCCUCAGAUAAAGAAAUUUUAAACUUCUUUUAUGAGCAAAAAAAAUUUGUUCUCAGAGGAAAAUCUUCUUUUUAGUAUAAAAAGAAAUUCAAGUGUUGUUGUUUUUUUUUUUUUUUUGUCUACAGAAGACAAUUUCGUUGGUCAAAUUUUUUUUUUAAAUGAAAUAUUCGAGAAUUUUCGAUUAAACUUCUUUUUUCCAUGAAAGAGUUUUCGAAAAAAGAAGUUUACUUUUCUUAUAAAAAGAAUUUAUGUGAAAAAAAAGUUUAAAACUUUUUUUUUUAACUUUUCUUAAGAAAAAAAAGAUUUAAAAAAAAACAUUAACGAACAAAUAUUCUUAAAAGAAGUUUUCUUUUCGAAAAAGAAUCUUCCAAAAGACAAUGAAAUUAUUUUUCGAAAAUAAAUUAUUUGGCAAAACGUUGAAAUUGUUAAUAUCGUAUAAUUAUUCUCGAAAUAAAAAUAAAGAAUCGAGAUUUUCGCCAAAAAAUCAACUGCCUCAGCGUAAUGAGAAAAUUUCUAUUUAUCUAGUUUUAGCAAUCGAUAUUAUUAAAAAAAAAAAAAAUGCGGAUUAAUAUUUCUCGUCGCGUGCUUUUUUCGAAGACAGAUUUUUCAAAUAGAAUUUAGAUUUUUAGAAAUCUUUGUAGAAAGAAAAAAUGAAAUGAAAAUCUGAAAAAAUAAUUCAUCGAAAGAAGCUCGCGAAAUUGAUCCGCAAUAUUGAAGGAGAGGGUGUAUAGGCUAACUGUAAAGAGGAAAAAAAAAAAAAAAAAAAAAAAACUUGUAAAUAUUUCACCUCUAUAUUGAACAAUGUUCUGUUGUAAAUAAAUAUAUAAUAUAACUUCGAUCAUAAUGUAGAUGGUAGUGUGUACAAAAAAAAAAAAAAAUAAUAAGUGUCCUGCGUAAAUCGUGACAAAAUCGCACGACAAAUUUAUUUGAGAUCUCGAAAAAAAAAAAAAAUCUUAUUAUCACUAGCGGAAGUGAUCCGAAGCGUCCAAAGAGUGUACAGAGAGGAACGCGUCAUUUUUUUAAAAUAUAUAAUAUACAUUUAUAGUCAGUUGAAAUCUUUUUUCUAUUUACAACAUAAAAUGAAUAGUCCUCAAAUAUUAUAUUGACUUGACCCUUACAAAAAAAAAAAACCAGACAUGAUUCACUUAUUAUGAUAUGUCGUUGUACUUUGCUGUAAACAGUUCAUUAUAACGACAAAAGUAUUUAUGUAAAAGGAUUAAACUUGCUUGUCAAAGUUCAUUGUCUGGCUCGUAAAGUUUCUUUCAAUAAAAAAAAAUAAAUCUGACUUAAAAUGUAGGAGAAAUCAAAUCAAUUUUUGUUCUCUAAAAAUAUUUUGUUAUUAUUUUAUUUUAUAUUUCCAUAUGUUUAAUGAUCUGGAUGCGUCUUGAAGUAGAUUCUUAAACAACGCGGUUAAAGAUACAUAAUUAUAUAUUAUAGAUAAAUAUAUAAAAAUAUAUAUAUAUUAUAUAUAUAAAAAUAAAUGUGCGAAACUAGAAGAGUAGUAGGCGCGUUUACGUACUUUUCAAAAUUUUUAAAAAAAUUGAUACGAAAAACAGUAUUUUUGAAUAUAACGCGCCUGUUCUGUUUCGAGGUGCAGUGUACAAUGUACACGGGCGAGAGAAAAUUGUCAAAAGACUCGAACAAAACGAAAACUGCCUCAAGCAAACUUAAAAAAAAAAAAAAAAAAACGUUAUAUAGCCGUCUUGGUACAUUUGAGACGGGUCCCUCUGCCAAAACAGACGUACACAUAUAAAAUUUAAGGUAGCAAAAGAGUAAAAAGAGUUAGUUUCACAUAUCACACGUAAAUAAAAAAAAGAAUGAAAAGAAAAAUAUACAUGAGAGCGACCGGUCAGUGUUACAUUGAAAUUAUUGAUGUAUAGUAAACAAUAACUUGCGACGUCUAACGUAUAAAGUGCAUCGAAUCGUUCUGCGCAUUUAAAAUUAAGGAGUACACGGUAAUAAUAAAUUAAAUUCUAAUGUGAGAAUAUAAUAUAAAUAGCGGAAGGACGCAACUUCGAGAAACGAGGGAAUAGUUUGUAUUCAAAAACUGAUUUUUUUUGUCACGAUUAUUGUCAAUAAAAUAAAAAAAAAAAAUUGAAGACUACCCAAAAGUAUUUCUAAAUUUUAUAAUUUUACUCUUUCUCUAUAUCGCUCUUGUAUAAUUAUUAAAAAUCUCUUAGAUAUAUUAUGAUAUUCAUUUUCUUGCCUAUAUAAGUGUCUAGUUGUUUGUGCUUUUCACUUUUUUUUUUCAAUUAAUAAUCUAAGUAAUAAUAAUUGCAUGUUUCUCUUUUGCUGAAGCUUUCCCUCGUCUCGCUUUUACGUUUUUUCGCGAGGUUGAUCGAUGGUCUCAAAAGACUGCCUGGUGUUCCGAAGUCGCAGUCGUCUUUUUGUAAUAAUAAUAAUAAUAAUAAUAAUAUUAAUAAUAAUAAUAUUAAUAAAAAUAAUAAUAAUAAUAAUUUAUGUUGCCAUAGCCUUACAAGUAAUUGUUCGUCGACCACGUUCGAGAAUCAAAAUUGUAUACGAUUUUUAAUACACUUUAUUAUUAUUAUUUAUCUUCAA